AUGUCUCAAGUCCAGGAACAGAUGUAUGCAGACUCGCAGGCGAUGCCUUCGCAGCUUGAUCCGGCCGUACAGCAUGUACAGGCGUCUAGCAGGUCACCAGACCCCGCGCUGUUCGUCGAUGCAAAUGGGCAAGUAGAGGGCAAUGGGACGGCUCAAGCAGAGGAAGAAGAAGACGCGAUGGCUCUCGCAUCGUUCGUACCACUGGAUAGACUACAGGUAAAUGGUAUCACCUCUGCAGAUCUAAAGAAACUGAGAGAAAACGGGUUGCACACAGUCGAAGCGGUCGCUUACGCGCCUCGCAAAGCGCUGCUGGAGAUUAAGGGCAUUUCCGAAGCCAAAGCUGACAGACUUCUUAACGAAGCUGCACGUCUGGUACCUAUGGGCUUCGUCACGGCGGCAGACUUUCAUCUGCGCCGCUCUGAGAUGAUCUGUCUCACCACCGGUUCUAAGAACUUCGACACUCUGUUGGGUGGUGGAAUCGAGACUGGCUCCAUCACGGAGCUUUUUGGAGAGUUCAGAACGGGUAAAUCACAACUUUGCCACACGCUGGCCGUCACUUGCCAAAUUCCGCUCGACAUGGGAGGCGGUGAGGGCAAGUGUCUGUACAUCGACACCGAAGGUACCUUCCGGCCCAUAAGACUGGUGUCCAUUGCGCAGCGGUUUGGGCUCGACCCGGAUGAUGCUCUGAAUAAUGUCGCAUACGCAAGGGCAUACAAUGCCGAUCACCAACUGCGGCUACUCGAUGCAGCCGCACAGAUGAUGAGUGAAUCACGUUUCUCGCUGAUCAUUGUAGACUCCAUCAUGGCUUUGUACCGAACCGACUUCUCGGGACGUGGUGAGCUGAGUGCACGUCAAAUGCAUCUCGCCAAGUUCAUGCGUGCACUACAAAGGUUGGCCGAUCAGUUCGGUGUGGCCGCAGUGGUCACCAACCAAGUCGUAGCCCAGGUCGAUGGUGGGAUGAUGUAUAAUCCAGAUCCCAAAAAACCUAUUGGUGGUAAUAUCAUGGCACACUCCUCCACUACGAGGCUUGGUUUCAAGAAGGGAAAAGGAUGUCAACGUAUAUGUAAAGUUGUGGAUUCUCCAUGUUUGCCUGAGGCUGAGUGUGUGUUCGCCAUCUACGAGGACGGUGUGGGAGACCCCAGAGAGGAAGAAGAGUAG